ACCUCACCCCACCCCCGUUCGACAACCUGUCUACCUGCUAAAGUGCUAAGCGCCGAUAAAGCUUAACUUAUUCUAUAGGUGCUUAGUAAAACUGUGUAGCACUAUUGGAUAGUUUUUGUAUGUGGAUAGUCAACAAACUUCAACUUGUUCUAUUUCUAUGCCACUCAUUCACGAUCUUUAUUUUGUGUGUGUUAGUUGUGAAACUAUUCAUAUUUAUAAGGAUAAGAACAGGAAAUUCCCGUCAUUGUUUUAACGUAAAAUAACAAUGAGUUACUGAAUAAUUUUACAAUGGCCGAAGCAAGUAACAAAAAAGUAAAUUUGUCAGUUAAUCAAGAUGAAAACUUUUGUGUAUUCAAUGUCUUAUGUGUGUUUAUAUCACUAGUUACAAUACUGGCAGAUUUAACUACUGUUAUACUGGUUUUUGCGGAAUAUUGCAAAGACGGAGAAUUUAUCUGGGCGGCUGUGACUUUUACAUUUAUUCUAGUUCCAAAUGUAUUGAUUAAUGCUUUCUCAUUGCGAUGGUUUAUUAUUGAUCAAAAAUCAAGCUUACAACGUUGGAUUACUCACGGAUUCCUCGUUGGGUUAUUGGAAAGAUAUGUAUUAUUCCUGCGAAAGGUUUUUGCAUGUCAAAAUUUAGAAGGAACGAAAACGCAAAAAUUGUUGGCGCAAAGAAACGACCUAAGUUUAUUGCAUGUACUGUAUAUUUUCACAGGAACAAUACCUCAAAUUAUUAUACAAUCGUAUGCACUUACUCUAUUGGAUCGAAAUUACUAUACGAAAGUUAUUGCUCUUACUGUCUCAAAUGCUUCAGUCGUAUGGGGUUGUUCAACUUAUAUUUACAGCAUUAUGGUGUUUCCUAAUGGGAAAAUUCAAUGGCCCUCAUUUUUACUCAGAUUAUUAUGGCACUUUGGAAUGUUACUUGCAAGAAUUUUAGCGAUUCUUCUUUUUACUGUAAUUUUUGGAACUUGGACUACACUGCCGUUAGGCCUACAUUGGAUUGCAAUGACAGUUUGGAUUAUUAUUCAAGACACAAACUUCUGUCCAAAUAAAUUGGAAGAGAUUCUUUACAAUGUUGUGAUGGGUUUUGUGUACUGCUUUUGUUAUAUUAAUUUGCGCGAAGGCCACACACGUUAUCGUCUAAUGAUAUACUAUACAUUGAUGAUAACACAAAAUUUCGGAAGUCUGUUCCUAUACGUAUUGAUCUCGGAUUCCGAAAAGCAAACUAAAUUGUGGUCUGCUACGUCUACAAUCUGCAUUAUCACGGGAACAUUUCUUGGAAUAUGUUCCAUGAUCCUGUACUAUAGAUAUUUUCAUUCAAAGGGGCCAAUACCUUGGAAAUUCGCUCAUGUUGACGUAGAACUGAAUAAUAAAAUUACCUCAACCAAUUCGCAUGCCAAUAAUCAAAAUAAUAGUGGAUUGAAGUACGUGAGAUCUUUUAAAAGUGCUCAAAAAGAGAAGAUUCAAAAUACAGAAGUCAGGAAUGAUAAAUCAGAGCCAAUACUCCAAAUUGAAAAUGAGAACACUGAUAAGAAAUUUCUUUUGGAACAUUGGAUUGCAAGAUCAGGAUCACCAACGUUCACAUCCGCUCCCGUUGGGAACACAAGUAUCAACGUUUCUAGUAUAGAGUUGUAUUCAUUUGAAAAUACACCACAAUCCGUAAACACACAGAACAAAGUAAUUAAGAAAAUAACUGUAUGUUCACCAACCGAACUAAAUUUGAAACUAUCGUCACUAGAAAAUAUGGAAAGCUCGAUUGACGAAAUCACUUCUAGCAAUCUACAGAAACGUCGUGGCAUAUGUUCGUCAGAUGAAUUAAGAAACGAUUUGACUAAUAUAAAUGUUGAAAAUAGGAUCAUGAUCAGUAAUGCUUUUAACAAAAUUAUAAAAACAGAGCAAGGUUCUGAAAUGAGUCAUGACACGGAUGGCUCGAAUAAAAAAACUUCUUCUGAUUCAAUUGACAUGGAUUUAGAUUUAAGUUUUAGUGAUAUUAACAGUUCAGAUAUUAAUACAUUCAAUGAAAACAUAGUUCAAAAACUGUGCCUAAGUGCUCUAAAGAAUAUAAAAGGUGGUAAUCAAGAUGCAGACAUUGAAAACAUUCAGAAAAUAGCUUUGGAUAUUCUAAAAGAAAUGUACGCCAAAAAGGACAGAAAUAAAACGAAUUUAAAAUCAUUUUCUUCUAAGCAACGUGACCUGGAUACACCAACAGAAUUAUUAUCAGUCCAUGAUUAUGAAAACAUUUGCGCCGUUAAUAUAGCAAGGGAAGCUUGGGGCUUGAGAUCUUGGAAUGGUUAUUGCGACAUUGAAAACUGGCUACAUGACGGCAGUGUUGUCAGAGACAGGAGACGUGAUACUUUAACAUCGGCUAGUACUGAAAUAAGUAGUUGUGUGUCGCAAGAGUUAAAAAAUUCAAUUAUGACAGCACCGCCUUUUCCAAAAAAGUCUCCUACAUAUUCGAACGUUUUUGUAAAAUUCGAUAAGAGUUUUCAAGAUGAUUAUGCUAAUUCAGCGAGCUGUCAUAUGAAUGAUGAAACAUACCUAGCUAAGCCAUGCAUUACUGAUACUAACAAAGAUCCAAAUCACUUAGAGCCCAUCUUGGAAGAACUUGAUGAUUUAGGUGACGUGGAUCCUAUUAACAAAAAAAGACUAAAUUCUGAAAGUUCUCUUGUAGCAACUAUAGACGAAAUCAGAAAGGCAACCGUGACAAAUUCACCGCGAAACUUGUAUCACAGAACUGAUAUAUGGGAAUCUCCUCAAUUCAAUAGUUCAGCAAAACUAGAAAGUAAUUUAAAACGAGCUUUAUGGAAGGAACCUUCUAAAUUCAACUCCAGUAAUAUUAUGGAGUCGCUACCAGAAAAAGAAAAUAUUUUGAAUGAGCAUAGUUCAAAGUUUGACAUAAAUAAAAAGGAAUUGAAUUUGAUUGCAGCCUCCUCGUCUUUAGAUUUAGACAAUCCAGAAAGUGUUUCCAUAUAUAACAAAAACACUAAGAGGCGACAAAAGACUAAUUUAAUUAAUAUAAAAAAUCAUAAUAAAAAGAGCAACUGGAGAUCUGAACCACACUUACAAGAUUUAUCAAAUAAACAUAUUGAUUUCCUUUGGCAAUUAGUCUCAGAAAACUCAGUACCGAUGAGUUCAAACGACGACUUGUCUACGAAUAGAAGAACAUCUUCAUUACAAUCUUUGAUACAGAAAGAUGUUCCACUGACUCAAGAUAAUACACAGUCUUCAAAACCUAACGCCAAAAAAGGCGUAAAAAGCAGGCCCAGGCGUAAAUUUUCAAUUCUGAGAGAAAGAUUUGAACCUAAGAUGAAUUUUAAUUCAGAUGAAGAAAUUCUAUAUAGUUAUUCAGAUAGUACAUCCAAACAAGGGAAUGCAAAUUUUGUAAACAUAAAAAAUCAAUUUAACGUAAAUGAUAAAACUCGGACCGAAGCCCAGAAUGUCUCCGCUAAUUUAAGUAACGUAGAUACUCGGGCGACAGAUUCAGAUAUGUCUCGAAGCAUUAAAGAAAAACGGACUCUAUUUAUGAAACAAGUUUUGAGCCCACCGAAAUUUAACACUAAAUUAAGAUACAAAGUGUAAUUAUGUGAUAGAUUACGUAUACUGUGAGUUUUGUUCCUUUUAGCAUUUAUUUUGUAUAGUUUUCCAUAAUUAUUUUCUAAGAAGUUGUUUACUUUAGUGAGUUAUUCUGAAAACGGAUCUCAUCACAAUGUAGUCAUUUUAUUGCGAUACUGUUUGUUCCAAGUGAGGUCUUUCAGUUUUAGUUGUUUGUAUCACUAAAACAAAAUUGUUUGAAUUGUGCCGAUGAGGGCAAAAUAAUCGAGAAAGUAUACAUGUGUGUGUACAAAGUUGUGAUAGUAGCAGCGUCACUCAUUAUAGGUAUGCAAUAUGAAGUUACACAGUAUCUCAUGCUUAACUUUGAGUCUGUGAUGUAAUUAUGUGCUUAUCUAUACGGAGCA